AUGCAACCCCAGUCGCAACCGCAGCUCCAGCCUCCCGUCCAGCCCCUCCCUCAGCCACUACCCCAGCCUGAGCAGAACGGCUCGACGUGCUGGUCUAUCGACGACUUUGAUGUGGGCAGACCUCUUGGAAAGGGCAAGUUUGGGCGGGUGUAUUUGGCUCGCGAGAAGAAGAGCGGAUACGUGGUUGCCCUCAAGAUCCUGUUCAAGACCGAGAUUCUGGAAAACAAGGUCGAGAAGCAGCUGCGUCGCGAGAUCGAGAUCCAGUCCCAUUUACGACAUUACAACAUUCUGCGUCUAUACGGCUACUUUUAUGACGCCAAGCGUGUCUAUCUCAUCUUAGAAUAUGCCGCCGGAGGAGAGCUGUACAACGAGCUGCGGAAACAGGGCCGGUUCAAUGAAGAGAAGGCCGCAAAGUAUAUUGCCCAAAUGACGAACGCGCUGGGAUACCUGCACUCCAAAAGCGUCAUCCAUCGAGACAUCAAGCCGGAAAACAUGCUGCUUGGCAUGAAUGGAGAAAUCAAGAUUGCCGACUUUGGCUGGUCGAUCCACGCGCCCAACUCGCGCCGUACCACGCUGUGCGGCACACUCGACUACUUGCCCCCCGAGAUGAUCGAGGCUCGCGACCAUGAUGCUGGAGUGGAUCUGUGGGCCCUUGGUGUGCUCUGCUACGAGUUCAUCACUGGGUCGGCGCCUUUUGAAGAGCCCACGGGCAGCUACAAGGCCACCUAUCGGAAGAUUGUCAAAGUCGACAUUUCUUUCCCGCCGCACGUCUCCGACGAAGCCAAGGAUCUGAUCAUGAGGCUGCUGCAAAAGGACUCGGACAAACGGCUGCCUCUCAAGGAUGUGAUUCGGCACCCAUGGAUCCUGAGAUACAACCGACCCGAGGAGCUCGGACUGAUCGGCCCAUCGUCUUCAACGCCGCACUACUGCCCGCAGUCCGUGUGGAACUCGGCCACUGCCAAGGAUGCCCAUCGGAUCCCCGAUGAAGAUGACGACUGA